AUGCUUUUUCUGGCUGAACAGACUUAUUGGGUUCCGCAGUCAUCAAGAGCAAUUAAGAAGUACAUAAAAGAUUGUACUACUUGUAAGAGAUGCCGAGGUAUGCCUUUUGGAGCUCCAGAGAUGCCACCACUACCAUCAGAUAGCGUGACAAUAAGCAAACCGUUUCAAAACGUAGGAUGUGGUUUUAUGGGACCAUUUGUAUCCACCAGAAAUGAAAGGAUGUAUAUAUGUCUCUACACCUGUCUUGCAAUCAGAGCAAUCCAUUUGGAAAUGGUAGAAAGCCUUGGUACAGGGGCGUUUCUCAAUAGUUUUAUUCGAUAUGUAUCGCGUAGGAGUGUACCUCUUUUAAUGAGAACAGACUGUGGAUCAAAUUUCAAACUUGGUCAGAAAAUAAUUGAAAAGUUGUUCGAAAGUGAUGAAACAAUAGGGAAUUCAGUAAUGAAUUACUGUGCUUCUGAAGGCAUUAAAUGGAUUUUUAACCCACCAGCAUCUCCAUGGAUGGGUGGUGUAUGGAAAGGGCUUGUUGGAUCUGUGAAUCGAAGUUUCCAAAAGUCAGUUGGAAGAAAGAAACUGCCAUUUGAACAGAUGGUUACUGUAGUCACCCGUAUAGAGGCAGUUGUAAAUACACAUCCACUCACAAAACUCUCAGCAGCUGAUCUUUCUGGAAUUCCACUCAGACCUACUGAUUUUCUACAAGGAAAUUUAAAAUUCUCAAUUCCAAACUUUGAAAUGUCCAAUUUCAGAAACGAUAACAUAUUUGAGCCAGAGAUAAUACAGACAGCUGCUCAAGCUUAG